AUGGCAGCUCCUAAUGUUCCGGCUACUGUCUUGGACCAAGUCACUCCCGCUCAGGCUGUGGAGAUCCUUUGGUCUGAUGCCAUCACUCAUCUCAAGUCUACUGAUGGCGAAGUCUUUGUUCCUUUCAACAUUGUCGAGGCUGUGAUCGGCCAGGAGGGCCUUAUGGUCAUUUCCAAGCGCCUUGCGGCCCUUCUGAACAAGCAGGUUCAGAUUCUGGCCGACAGCAGCAUUGAGUGCUACCGAGUUCACCCCCAUGAGUUCACCAAGGACAUGAUUCCUGAGCAGCUCAAGGUUGGCGGCAAGACCCUGGAGCUUGGCGACCACCAGCGCAUCUCCAAGGCCGUUCACCAGGCUGUUGCUGAUACCGCUGUCCGCAUACCUACUCGCUCGACCAAGAUCCCACGUCCCCCCAACUCGUUCAUUCUCUAUCGUCAGGCCAACCACCACGCUGUGAAGGAUGCUAACCCGGCCAUUACCAACAACGAAAUCUCCCGCAUUCUUGGUGCCCGCUGGAAGAACGAGUCCGAUGAAGUCCGUCAGCGUUACAUUGUUCUCGCCGAUGACUUGAAGAAGCGUCACUCCCUUGCCCACCCUGACUACCAGUACACCCCACGCCGCCCCUCUGAGCGCAAGCGCCGUGCCUCCCGUGCCGUGCCUACUCGGAACAACUUUGUUGAGAAUGAGGACGAGAACGAAGAUGAGGACGAUGUUGUGUUGCACUCUGGCAAUCUCGUUGCUGUUGUGAACGAAGAUUUUAUGGAUGUGUUGGGCAACAAUGAAAUUCUCUAUGGCCCAAACGGUGUCGAGCCUCUUCCUGCCUCUUACAACGAGUAUGAGCGUCAGCAGCUUGCCAACGAUCAGAUUUCCGGUACCACCUUUUGUGACAUGGACUACACACCAAUCCCUUGGUACGAGAUGCUCAGUCUUGACAAGGAUUCUCAGCAGAUGCUCUUCCGGCAGGAAAAUUAA